GUGGCUCAACGCGUUGGCCGAGAUUCAGGCGCUCAAGGCGGACGUGAUCGUGCCGGGCCACGGUCUGCCUGGCCCGGUCACCGACAUGGAGUCGCCCGCGUUCACGGCCAAGUACAUUCGCGACUUUGACAUCGAGACGCCCAAGGCUGCCAACAGCACGUACCUCAUUGCGGCCAUGAAGGCCUUGUACCCCAACAUUGGUGGCGUCGACAGCCUCGAGCUCAGCGCCAAGGUCGCCAAGGGCGAAAUGACGUGGGUCUAAAGACGCGAACGCAAGUCGAUGAGAACAUUUUUUGACUAUUGUAAACUAUUACUUUUC